CCGGAUGAUGUCUGGGAACUUUCAGUGAACUCGUCGAAAUGCGCUAAUAUACGCCUGGGACGAGAGACACCGGACAUUCAUUUUGUGAUGAACAACGACUCAUUGCGUUCGGUGGCUACCGAGCGGGAUUUGAGAGUCAUCAUCUCUUCAUCCAUGAAAACCCAGAUAAACACCGUGCGAGCAUGUUCUGCGGCAAGGAGCAGGCUAGGUGCCAUCCGUCGGUCAUUUGACGGCCUAUCGUUGACUACCUUCAAGAAUGCUUUCAACCCCCAUGUUUGGCGCCGAAUUGAAUACAGUGAACCCACCGUAUACCCCUGUAGGCUUUCCGAAAUUCGCCAAAUUGGAACGGGUACAGCGCUACGCCACUCGCCUAGUUGCGGGAUCAGCUACGAAGGUCAGCUCCAGGCACCUAAACUUUACCUGGUUAGCUACAGCCGACUCCGUGGAGAUUUAAUCAAUCUGUGGAAGAUUCUACGCGGCGAUCUGGGACGGGAACUACGUGCUAUGUUUCCACUGCGAGAAUCCAACCGGACGCGCAGCCACAGGCUCACCCUACGGAAGCUGGAGUCUUCGGGGCUUCCUUUGGUCUAUCAGCUUUCCCCGAGCGCUGCUUCGCUCUGGAAUUCACUCCCGUCGGAGGUGGUGGAGGAGCAGAACGAGGUACGAUUUAAACGCCGUCUCGACGAGCAUUUGGUGAGACGGAGUCAACGUUCUGGCAACGGGGCUAAAUUAAGAGGAUCACAACUGCCUAAUCAACUGAACUCAUUGUUGGGAGCUACUCCCAUCCGCCGACGACACAACGAACUGGACAUUCGAUUGACGAGCCAUAUUCGUCCUGUGGAAACUGAACUAACCUAA